AAGAGACGAGAGGAGUUCUAGAGAUCUUGCUGGGGCUGAAUUGUGCCUCUGCUUCCAACACUUCGUGCUAAGAAAGAUGAUGUAACAUGAGCAUACAUAAAGCACUGUUGGCUCUAGGAAGAGCUUCUCUUCCCUCCUUACAGUUACAAUCUGGCUUUCCAGUCCUCAGCUUCACUCUUUAUUUUAGAGAACUGCUUGUUUCCUCCGAGACACCAGCAAAAAAUAGUUACAUUUCUUUAAAGUAUUCCUACAGUUUUAUCCUUGUGAUCUUUCAGGUUGGAAGUGACAGCGGCUGAGCCUGCAAUUUUCAUAAACAAGUAGCUUUGGAAAUCAAAACAGGAACUUCAGAAGUCUUUUUACUUUAUUACUCCCUUCCUUUGCUCCCACCUCGAUUUCAGCAUCAACAGUGGGCUGGGCUAGAUGAGCUCUUUCAACUCAGUUUCUUCAGUUUAACAUUUUGAUUUGGCACCCCAGCUCAUGCUUGAAACACAAGAAUUUUCCAGGCAGUCUGCUGGGCGAGCCCAGGAUUGUUCACAUCACUGCUAAAUUACUACUUCCAUUUUUACCUGACUUUUGUAAUCUUAGGACCAUCCUUCUGCACAAGAUGAUUGCGAAGAUAACCUGGAGACUGGCAAGACACGUGUCCACUGAGGCACAUAGGACCACGCAGGUUCUUAUUUCAGGAUUCAGCCCUCCAUACAGGAAGCCCUGGUGGAGGGGAGACCGGUCGUAGCAUUGGAGAGCACCAUCAUUACACAUGGCAUGGCCUAUCCUCAGAAUCUGAGCAUGGCCAGAGAGGUAGAAAAAAUCAUAAUGAGAAAUGGAGCAGUGCCAGCCACUAUAGGUAUUUUAAGGGGUCAAAUCCACGUGGGACUCACAGAUGAGGAACUUCAGUUCUUGGCAAGCAGUAAAAAUGUAGUUAAAGUGUCUCGGAGAGAUCUUCCUUAUGUCCUCAGCCAGGGCUUGUCUGGUGGAACUACCGUGUCUGGAACAAUGAUUGCAGCACACAAAGCAGGAAUCCCUGUGUUUGUGACAGGAGGCAUUGGAGGCGUCCAUCGGGGAGGAGAGAAUACUCUGGAUGUGAGUGCUGACUUGACAGAGCUAGGACGAACUCCAGUUGCCGUUGUAUCUGCAGGAGUCAAGUCUAUCCUUGAUAUUGGCAGGACACUGGAGUAUCUGGAAACUCAGGGGGUCUGUGUGGCUGCCUUUGGAGAGUCAAGGAUGUUCCCAGCCUUCUUCUCAAGCCAGAGUGGCUACCAGGCACCAUAUCGUGUCCAGGACGAAGAGGAGGCAGCUAAACUUAUUGCCAGCACUCUGGGGCUUGGCCUGAGCAGCGGUGUUCUGAUAGCAGUGCCCUGUCCCCAGGAGCAAGCUGCCUCGGGCCACCUUAUUGAAGAUGCCAUCCAGCAAGCUCUCAGUGAAGCCAGGUCCAAAGGGAUUACAGGCAAAGAACUGACCCCGUUUUUGUUACAGAAGAUCAAUGAAUUAACCAAUGGGAAAUCACUGGACUCUAACCUUGCUCUGAUCCAAAACAAUGCCAGAGUGGGCAGCAGCAUUGCAGUGGCCCUGAGCAAACUACAGAAAGCCACGAGGAAGGGGAGCUUGCCUCGCAGAAGGGACACAACCCUGCCUCAGCCAGUGGUGAUUGGAGGUAUCAACGUUGACUUCAUAGCCAAGGCACAGAACUCUGUCAUCCUGGGUGGUGGGCAGACAAACAUUGGAAGAGUGAGACGAACUUUUGGCGGCGUUGGAAGAAACUUGGCAGACUGCUUAAGCCGUCUUGGGCUGACCCCUCUCUUUCUGUCAGCUGUUGGGAAGGAUGAACAUUCAGAGUCCAUCCUGCACUAUUGUCACCACAUGGACAUGAGUGCCAUCCUGCAGCUGGAGGGGAAGAGCACAGCAACUUACAGUGCUAUGAUCACCAGUGCUGGGGAACUGAGCGUUGGCUUGGGAGAUAUGGACAUCCACCAGCAGAUAACAGAGCAAUACGUGUCCCAGUUCAAGGAGAAUUUGUGCCGGGCCCCACUAGUUUGCAUUGAUGGAAAUGUGCCUCUUUCCACUAUCCAGUACAUCUGCCAACUCGCUAGAGAUCAUCAGCUAGCAGUGUGCUACGAGCCGACAGAUGAGAACAAGGCCUCUAAGCCAUUCCUCUCAGACAGCUGGAAAGCACUCACGUACAUCUCCCCCAACCUGCAAGAGCUAAAAGCAAUCAACCGGACUCUUGGGAACCCUCUGCCAGCAGGGGCACCAUCCAGCCUGGAGGACAUUAUCAAGAUGGCAGCAGCCUUGGCCCGCCCUUUGCUGACCCACCUAUGCUGUGUGGUUGUGACCCUCGGUGCUCACGGUGUCCUCCUGUGUGGCAGGAGCCUGGGAGGGAGCAUCUCUCUUCAUCCAACACCUCAUGAGCAGACCGCUGCUGCCAGCCUCUGUGCUGCCCACUACCCUGCCAUCCCUGUCAGCAGGGAGGAGAUAGUCAACGUCUCAGGAGCCGGUGACAGUUUAAUGGCAGGAAUUGCUGCAGGGAUAAUUGCCAACCACGACACAGAUACCUGUGUCCGGAUGGGCCUGCUGGCUGCACGUUUGUCUCUCCGUUCCUAUGAGCCCAUCUCCCCAGCAAUCAGCACGUCCACCGUCAGCCAAGAAGAAGUCCAGAGCAAGCCCUGGCCAGAGGUGAAGGUAUGGAAGCUGGACUAGAUUGACAUCGCUUUCUCCUCCAUCACCUCCUCAUGCACCCAGCAGUACCGUCUCCAAGAAUUAGGCCAUGUUUUCAGUUUCAAGCUCAGAAGCUGACUAGAGGACUUGAGCUGCUGGGAGGUUAAGUCCCAAUGGAGUGCAUCUGGUAUCAACUUGUAUUGCACUGUUCACAAUCAUGUUUUUCUGUUGUUGCUUCCUCUCUCUCAUGAGUUACAACCACUGCUUUGGUCUUCUGUCUGCUGCCUGCCAAUAGUUUAUCUCACAUCCCUAUGGGGAACACUCACCUGUUUUGGUUUGGUGUAAACCAUCAGGGAAGGAGGCGCCAAUCCAAGGAACUUCUUUGUUCUGUUUUCAGGCAGGCCCAGCAGCUGCUCACACCUCUUUCUCUACAGGAGGUCUCAUGGACCACAACCAGUGUUCAGCUGCAGCUGACAGGAACAUAAUGCUGUAGGACAACCUCAUAGGUGUUCCCAAGCUAGUCAGCAAGUGCGGCAUUUUCUUGGUCUUUUUCAGGGAGGAGGGAAAGCACGACCCUCCUUUACAGAUGGCCACACAAACUGUGUAGCUCAAAUGACUGUGCCAAGUUCACAGCAAGUCUGUGGCAAAGCCAGGAACAGAGCACUGACCCUGUCCAGGAUAGGGCUGCACAGCAAUCCCUCUGCUUUUAACACCUACAGCAUCUUCAUUAGCAAGGGCAGCCCUACUUAGGUCAAUUUGGUCAAGAUAAAAAUACAGCAGACAGCUUUAUGGAGACAAAAGGGAUCCACACACUGACCAGCAGCCCCCCUUUAUCAAAGCCUUGUGUUGUUCAGCUGAAACGCUGUGCUUGCACCACACACACGUACCCAUCACUGAAAGGAUCUGGGUGGCCUGGUGGGAGGGUGCUGGGCUGUUUGGGAGUGCAGAGAGGGGGACAGGCUCCCACAAGCCGCUUGGUUAGCUCACAGGAGGGGAGGUGGGACAUGGCAGGGGCGGGGGAAAAGAGCCGUGCGCUGGUGCUAUAAAAGUGACUUUCAACCGGUGCUGGGGAAGAGAGGCAGCCUCAGCUUCAGCUCCUGUUCCCAAGCCUCACUGAGCAGAGCAUCCCUGAGCCAAGCCAAAUCCUGAUGGAGAUCUGGGUGCUGACAGCCUCUGUCCUGCUGCUGGCACAGCUCUCCCCGCUCCCAGCACAUGGAGAGGCACUGGGAGACUGGGCAGCCCUUCCAGCAAGGCAGCUCAGAGCUGGGAGGCCCACAGACAACCAUCGGCCAGCUGGAGAUGGAGGGGACAACCAGGUAGAUGACAGCCACCCCCAGGCUGCAGUGUGGGAGGCCCUGGCAGAGCUCUGCCCUGGCUCUGGGGCUCCCUACAAGGCCACAGGCAGCAGCAUGCGGGACCCCCCCAGCAGGCCCCGCAGGAGCCCACCACAGCCCCUCCGCAGCAGGAGCCUGGGGCUGAGCCAUCACCUGAAGGGCUACGGGAAGUUCAACAGCGACACGCACUCCUGCCAUGGCAUCCAGAGCCGGCCCUGCCAGAAGCCCUCUGACUGUGGCGGCUGCCUGGGGCUCUACACCUGCAGGCCGCCCGGCACCUGUGGUCUGAAGGCCGUCUCCCGGCAGAGAAGGGGGUUCCUGCAGAGCAUCCAAGGGCACGCAGUCCCAGAGCAACACAGCUCAGCCUGAAGCUGCCGGGGCUGUUCUGACACUGAGAUCAACAUCUCCUGCUUGAGUUUCAUGUUCGGUCCUUCAAUAAACGGCUGUAAAAUGUUC